CAGGCAAUGGUCCUCUGCCCUAUAAAAGUCAGUGACAGUGAGGGCAGAGGAAGUGUUCCUUUCUUCGUCUCUCUGGUGAGAUCACUGGCCUUCCUCUCCAUCUCAAGGCAGUCCUUUCAGAAGAGCAAGACUACUUCUUGUGUUCACAGGAGUCACCAUGGCCUGGUCCUCCAGCCUGAAGAGCCUCCUCACAGUCUUUGUCUUUAUCAACUUGGCUGUCAGCUCUGUGGAGAGUUACCAGUGUACGGUAUAUCCAUGUGUAACUGAACCAUGUGCUGCUUGUGAAACCACUAAAGGCUGCUUCAAUGAAAUACAGAAAUUUGACACACCAUCUGUCCUGACAGAUGGAACAUUUAAACAAAAAGGAUGUAUUGCGGACUCAAACACAUGCAGUAGCCUAACAAUCUCAGCAACCCUGGGGGAUCAACGGACAUUUAACUAUGCAAACAGCUGCUGCACAUCUGUUAACUGCAACAAAGAUGACUUAACACUGCCUGCACCAUCUUCCACACCCAAUGGUGUUGAAUGUCCUGCCUGCUACAAUGAGAAAACAAAUUUAUGCUCCUCAGUUACCACCCUAAAGUGCACAGGGGAAGAGAAAAGGUGCAUUGAGGUUACCGGCAAAGGUGUGGGAGAUUCAAGUUUAAUUAUAUAUGGGAAGGGUUGUGCAACUGAAAACUCCUGCGACCUGGAUAUGACCGUCCUCGGUAGAAUACAGAUCAAAACCUCAUGCAGCUCACCUCUUUCAAACCACGGGCACCCUACCGCCAAAUUCGGUUCAUCAUUUCUCAUUUUUCUGCUCCCGCUGAAAUUCUUGCUUUGAUCUUCUAUGAACUGGCAAUCCCACACCCCUAUGCCCAUGGACCCAUUGGUAUACCUGGAUGGCUACUUCCGAAACACAGAACAAAUAAAACCUGGUGACAACUC